AAUGACGUAACAGUUUAUGCGACAGGUGAAGGUCGGAAGACAAACCUUCCCAACGUGUUUAUCCAUCUACAGUAGUAGUCUCUGAUCAAUCUUAUUUCCCCCGAGAGACGGAUAUAAUAAAACCCAGAUACGAUGCGGUGGUUAAGUGGAGCGGUGUUGCGGGCCACGAUGAGACACCGCUGUCGCUACUUUUCUGUGGCACAAAACAACUGGAACGCCAGAAAAGGUCUGGUACUCGGCGUUUAUGAGAGCGAGAAGGAGGACGACUCUCUCCAUCUAACUGAAUCAGCAGCUGGUGUCGACAGAGUUCUGUCUGGUAAACUGACUGAGCUGCUGAAGAUAUCAGGACCAGCUCUGAAGAAAGGGAAGACCAGAACAUUCUACGGUCUCCAUGAGGACUUCCCAUGUAUAGCAGUAGUUGGUCUAGGGAGGAACUCUCUGGGUGUGUGUGGAACAGAGUACUGGGACACCUGUAAGGAGAACAUCAGGGCUGCUAUAGCAGGAGGCUGUCGGGUUCUCCAGAACCAUGUGUUGACCCAUAUCGAGGUGGACGGGUGUAAUGACAGCCAGUCAGCAGCAGAGGGAGCUGUUCUUGGGCUGUUUACUUACGAUGACCUGAAAACCAAGAAGAAGACCAAAGUCACCACACAGCUGCAUGGCAGUGGAUGUGUGUCUGGCUGGGAGAAGGGCGUGUUGUACGGAGAGGGGCAGAACCUGGCCCGUUACCUGAUGGAAGCUCCAGCCAAUCAUGUCACUCCGUCAGUCUUCGCUGACACCAUCACAAACAGACUGGCUCCCUACGCCGACCACGUCACCGUCCAUAAGAGGUCUCAAGAGUGGAUAGAGGAGCAGCAGAUGGGAGCGUUCCUCAGUGUUUCUAAAGGUGAUAGAUGGGAGGGUUCCUCAGUGUUUCUAAAGGUGAUAGAUGGGAGGGUUCCUCAGUGUUUCUAAAGGUGAUAGAUGGGA